AUGCUGGACGCGGUGAUUACCAUUUCUCGACCUCUGAGAGAUGAUCUUUCUCUUGAUUUGAACUCAGAAGCUGACAUGGACUCGGAAACAGAUACCACUGCAAAGUUUGAGUCGCAAGAAGACCGGCUCUCAACAAGCAAUCGCAAGGCUGUGUCCUCUGUGGUAACCCCCGGUGAAUUAAUAACGAAUGAUCCCAUUUGGAUGAAGGGACACGGUGUUUACUUUUUGGAUAACAUGACUUAUUCUGCUGUUGCAGGGAAUAUUGCUCGGGUGAAUCGGCUUUUGAGCGUCAUUCCAUUGCGUGGUAGAUAUGAACCCGAGACAGGAGAUCACGUAGUCGGCCGAAUCACAGAAGUGGGUCAGAAAAGGUGGAAAGUUGAUAUAGGUGCAAAACAGGAUGCUGUGUUGAUGCUCGGAUCAGUAAAUUUACCGGGUGGCAUAUUGAGAAGAAAAUCUGAAAAUGACGAAUUGCAGAUGAGGACCUUCUUGAAGGAAGGUGAUUUGCUCAAUGCAGAAGUGCAAACUAUAUUCAACAACGGAUUAGCAUCAUUACAUACAAGAUCGCUAAAGUAUGGGAAGUUGAGAAAUGGAGUAUUUUUAAAGGUACCUUCCAGUUUGAUCAUCAAGCAGAAGAAUCACUCAUUUGAUAUGCCAGGAAGCGUAAGCAUAGUGAUUGGCAUGAACGGGUUUAUAUGGUUGAGCAAGACUUUGCAGUCAGGGUUUUCGAAGACGGAAUCCGGAGGCGGCAAAUUGCCCUUAGCUUCCACUGAUUCCUAUACUCCUGGACAGGGAGGUGUGGCUAUCACAAAAUUAGAAGAAGGCUCUUCGUGGGAAAUAUACAGCGACAGAAACGACCCGAGUAUCAACGAAACUUCUCGCAAUACGAUAUCUCGGUACUACAAUGUCAUAAAAGCGCUAGCAGCAUGUGAACUUGGCAUCACCGAACCCAGAAUUAGAAUGGGCUACGAGGGAAGUAUGAUGUAUUCAGACUCUGGUAGUCUCAUCGAGCGCGAAGCUCAAGAAAGCAUUUGUCAGGACAUUCUUGAAAAUGAAAGAAUGAGAGGAUCGGGAGACCCUCAUAUAGAUUAA